CCAUUCCCUGGGGGAGACUCAGCAGUGCUGGCCACUUUGCAGAGCCCCGUCUGGGUCCCCCACCCUGGCCCCCAAGGGCCACAGCAUCCCCUUCCACCCACAGGCCUGGGCAAGGUGCAGUCCCCAGACUUCUGCAAUCUUAACCGCUGUGCUUCCGUCGCAGUGGGAGGCCCCGCCUUUUCCCCUGCCUGCCCUUCGGGCACCUCAGGAAGGCACCUUCCUCUGUCAGAAUGGCCACCAUGGUACCAUCCGUGUUGUGGCCCAGGGCCUGCUGGACUCUGCUGGUCUGCUGUCUGCUGACCCCAGGAUCACCUGUCCCUUUCACUUGCUAACUCCUACUUAGCCUUCAGUUUCGGGCUGCAAUGGUCUCCGCUUCCAGGAAGCCUUCCCUGACUCACCUCCUCCUAUGCUGGAUCAGAGCCUCUUCUGGCCUCCUUCUGAGUUCUCCCUGGUCUCUGAUGGAUUCUACCUUUCCCGCUGGACCAUGAAGGUGUCCAGGGGCAGGAGUUCCUUUUGCGGGUGGAGCCCCAGAACCCUGUGCUCUCUGCUGGAGGGUCCCUGUUUGUGAACUGCAGUACUGAUUGUCCCAGCUCUGAGAAAAUCGCCUUGGAGACGUCCCUAUCAAAGGAGCUGGUGGCCAGUGGCAUGGGCUGGGCAGCCUUCAAUCUCAGCAACGUGACUGGCAACAGUCGGAUCCUCUGCUCAGUGUACUGCAAUGGCUCCCAGAUAACAGGCUCCUCUAACAUCACCGUGUACAGGCUCCCGGAGCGUGUGGAGCUGGCACCCCUGCCUCCUUGGCAGCAGGUGGGUCAGAACUUCACCCUGCGCUGCCAAGUGGAGGGUGGGUCGCCCCGGACCAGCCUCACGGUGGUGCUGCUUCGCUGGGAGGAGGAGCUGAGCCGGCAGCCCGCAGUGGAGGAGCCAGCGGAGGUCACUGCCACUGUGCUGGCCAGCAGAGACGACCACGGAGCCCCUUUCUCAUGCCGCACAGAACUGGACAUGCAGCCCCAGGGGCUGGGACUGUUCGUGAACACCUCAGCCCCCCGCCAGCUCCGAACCUUUGUCCUGCCCGUGACCCCCCCGCGCCUCGUGGCCCCCCGGUUCUUGGAGGUGGAAACGUCGUGGCCGGUGGACUGCACCCUAGACGGGCUUUUUCCAGCCUCAGAGGCCCAGGUCUACCUGGCGCUGGGGGACCAGAUGCUGAAUGCGACAGUCAUGAACCACGGGGACACGCUAACGGCCACAGCCACAGCCACGGCGCGCGCGGAUCAGGAGGGUGCCCGGGAGAUCGUCUGCAACGUGACCCUAGGGGGCGAGAGACGGGAGGCCCGGGAGAACUUGACGGUCUUUAGCUUCCUAGGACCCACUGUGAACCUCAGCGAGCCCACCGCCCCUGAGGGGUCCACAGUGACCGUGAGUUGCAUGGCUGGGGCUCGAGUCCAGGUCACGCUGGACGGAGUUCCGGCCGCGGCCCCGGGGCAGCCAGCUCAACUUCAGCUAAAUGCUACCGAGAGUGACGACAGACGCAGCUUCUUCUGCAGUGCCACUCUCGAGGUGGACGGCGAGUUCUUGCACAGGAACAGUAGCGUCCAGCUGCGAGUCCUGUAUGGUCCCAAAAUUGACCGAGCCACAUGCCCCCAGCACUUGAAAUGGAAAGAUAAAACGACACACGUCCUGCAGUGCCAAGCCAGGGGCAACCCGUACCCCGAGCUGCGGUGUUUGAAGGAAGGCUCCAGCCGGGAGGUGCCGGUGGGGAUCCCGUUCUUCGUCAACGUAACACAUAAUGGUACUUAUCAGUGCCAAGCGUCCAGCUCACGAGGCAAAUACACCCUGGUCGUGGUGAUGGACAUUGAGGCUGGGAGCUCCCACUUUGUCCCCGUCUUCGUGGCGGUGUUACUGACCCUGGGCGUGGUGACUAUCGUACUGGCCUUAAUGUACGUCUUCAGGGAGCACAAACGGAGCGGCAGUUACCAUGUUAGGGAGGAGAGCACCUAUCUGCCCCUCACGUCUAUGCAGCCGACACAAGCAAUGGGGGAAGAACCGUCCAGAGCUGAGUGACGCUGGGAUCCGGGAUCAAAGUUGGCGGGGGCUUGGCUGUGCCCUCAGAUUCCGCACCAAUAAAGCCUUCAAACUCCCUAA